AUGCCUUAUGGAAAACUUAUCAGGCCAGUAAUUUGUUAUAUCCUCUGGAAUUUCAAAUUAGCAGCAUUUGAGAAAACAACUCGGGAAGUUGAUGAACAAGAACCAAUCGUUUCACGAACUGGGGUGCUACAGAACGACGAAUUCAAACAAAAUAUCUUUCGCUAA